AACUGAUAGUUCAUUGGUAAUUAAAGUAUUGAUUAAGUCGUGAAUUUGUGAACUGGCUUUUUAAAAUGUUCGUCAAGAGAUGAGAUUUAUACAGUAAAGUACAUUACAUGUUAAAUUAGGAAAGUGUUCUUUCUUGAAAGGCUGACGACUGUAUAACCCACACCACCCCUGGACACGAUGGACGAGCGAGUUGGUUCCGUGAUGCGGGUGUUAACGGCCAUGGAGGAGUUGGACCAUAGCGAGCUGACGCGGGGAAAUGUGAAGGCCGCGUCCAGAGCCGUCGACAGUAUCAACAACGAGCUCAGGAAAGAGACUGGUGUAGAAAGCGUGACGGCAAACUUCGUCAAACUAUUGUCACUGGCGGAGAAAGGCAACUGGACAGAACUUCGCCAUGCCCGAGAUAACGGCAUCAUGCCUAACGCCAGGCUAGAGAUGGACGGGCUUGUCAGCAAACUUCACAAAACGCCAACACCCUCUCCCGGGCCUCCUGGACCCCAGCAGCGGAUGACACCAAUCGAUCGUGGAUACCCACCGCAGCACACGGCGGAGAGCGAGAAGGAGUUCCUCCGCCGAAAGCGGGAAAAGGAGUUGCAAACGAGGGAUCGGCGCCGAGUGGAACCCACCAGCUACUCAGCCACACCGCCUACCGAGUAUGAUAGGAAUGACCUGCGACGCCGCGAUGACCCGAAACAAGUUAACGCAGCUAUCAGCCAGCUGGCUUCUGAGCGGCUGCGUGGCGGAAGGUCGGUGACGUUGGCGGAUGUGGCGACGCCACAGAACGUUGCCAGUAUGUUCACGGAAGUGUACAACCGUGAAUGGACCACUGCGUAUGAAGAGCUGAACAAGGUGUACAGGGACGGCGCGGAGACCAUACAACAUUUGACUAAAAUCCUACAGAACGCCUACGACUUUUGUCUGAAGUAUGCCGAGAGUCAAAUCAUGAACAUGCUGAUACACGUGGAGAAUGAGAUGCUAUAUCCAAACAUUUCAAAGGAUUCAAGGUCAGCGUUGGAGGCUCAAGUGCGGCCCGACAGGAGCUUGGUUGGGCUCAUCAGAGAGAGUGACGACAUGGUCAGGGAGUACCGGAAGUAUGGGGCCGCCGCCUCUCUUCCAGUCAUUAAGUGGAUGUUUUACGAAGACGUCCUGAAAACAAUCCAUCAUGCACAGCAUCCAACCAACGCCCAAAUCGCUUUCAUCGACCGUUGUAUUGACGUCUGUUGGCUCAUGGCCACCCAGAACGCCCCAAUGCAUCUAGAGUUCUGUCGCCCUGGGGAUCGCCCCUCCAGCUACUUCCGGCCGCUCACGCGUAUGGGCAACUCGGUUCAGAACUGCGUGUGGCCGGCGUUGUUCCUCCACAAGGGAGGAAAACUCAUGGAGAAAGGCGUGGCGCAUCUCGCAUAGUUAACUUCCAUGAACUUUAGAACACUGAACUGCAUUGAAAACAGCAUUUUGUAAAUUGUACCGAUUU